AUGCAUACCAUUGGUGGAAGGAACACUUUGAUACGUCCCCUGCAGCAAAAAAGAAAGUUCAACUUACCGCGAAAUGUUCAACCGGAAGGAGUGUCAAGUAAGCUGACCAGUGAUGGAACACUUACAAUUGAGGCUAUUCCCCUGAGACCAAAGGAAGGCUCUCCUGCACGUGCGAUUCCAAUCAAAAUUGUGGGUGGAGGAACGCCAGCUCAAGCAUCGCCUUCAACAGAAACGAAAUCAGAGGAAGCCAAAUAA